ACUUUUGCACUUCGUCGUGGAGAAGACAGACUUGCAGAAGAGUGAGUGGCUCCAUCCUCCUCGUUCAUUCUUCCACUACUACUUCCUCCUCCGUUCCUCGUUCCCCUUCAUCGCCUCCUCCUUCGUUCCUUGUUCCUCUUCAUCGCCUCCUCCUUUCAUCUACCUUAUUGUUGGUCCACUCUUUGGUGCCUUGUGCUGUAAGUUUCACGGGUGUUCCAGUUGGCGACGCUGAGAGAGUCGUCACUCAUUGUUACGUCCAAGAUGCAGGUCCCUUUUUCCUGCUGUCUGCUGAGAACCUGCUUCUAAAAUGUUUUCCUCUGCAAUUUAUUUCUUCCAAGUAUAAUUGUCGCUAAAAGGACUUGGGUUUGUCAUUACUCGUAGCUGUGUUCGGUCUCUUCCAAUAUGUCGUGUUUUGCUGAUUAUGGGAGUUGAGUUCGGAGGCGUGGUGUUGUUGUAAAGCGAAGGUUCAAGGAGUGGUGAGGACAGUGUUUGGUUUAGGAGGUUUGAAUGAGAAUUGGGUAGGGGUUAUGAUAUUGGUUGUGUCGAAGGAAUUGGUUGCGUAGGUGUUGAAGUGGGCAAUCUCUUCUGCAGUGGUGAUUUACAUUGCUGAUGAGUGGAGGUGUUGCACGAGUGUUGGAAUAUUUGUGAAAGAAUUGGACGUGGACGUUGAAUAGUUUCCUGGAUUACGGUGAGCUUCAAAGGAUUUUUUUUUCUUUAUUCUUUUUUAAUAAGUCAAGGGUGAUAGUGGUGGUGUUUUUGGAUAUUUUUUUCAAGGUCGCUAGUUGGUCGCAUUCUAGCAAUGGCACCCACAUCUGUAAGCCGCUUCCAGAUACUGCAAACGCAACCUCACGAAUCCAUAGAGGCAGGAUCCGGAAGGCGACGUCUCUCUCUUGACAGCUGGGUUUGUCUGCCUAUUCCACGGCCAGUGCUCACAACAAGCAGCACUGCCUCUCAGCUUUCAUUAACCGUUACGAGUUCUUGCACGACGCAAAAGGAUUUGCCUCACAGCAAGCCUGCGACGUCGGACAUGCCUCUCAGCGGAGACGACGAAGCUGUCACGCGGGAGUCUGGUUGCGAGACACCCAAAUCGGGGGAGCACAGGAUACCCGACGUGGAUGUCACCUUUUGCCCUCCGGCUCCAAGGAAACCCCGCGCUAUGUCUCGCCGUCGCCGAGUGCAGCCCACGAGCUUCUUCAGCGCGCCAGAUUUUGAGAAUUUUCUAUCCCACCGCAAAGUGCAAGUGAGCAGUUAGCAUCGAACUUUCACCAGUCUUUUUUUGGGAGCACCUCGGGGUUAUUUUUCCCCAUGAGUGGUUGCACAGCUGCUUGGACACAACGAAGAUCGUGGCGCCGACUGAACACCCCUGACCCGGAGGAGCCCUGGGAGGACUUAAACAAUCACGCUUCCUGCGGAAGCUGCUCUUGCGACUUGUUUCAUCCCCCUUGCAUGAUGAAUGAACACAUUCUUCAUGUACAGACUUAUUCUUCGCAGCAACAUCAGGGACUGGGUUGGUCGAAAGGAAUGUUUCUGCGAUAGCCAACUUUUUUCUUGUAUAUCAAAACGCCGAGGCUUGUGCACCACAUGGACAUUUAGGCGUUGGGUGAUAUUAGCACUCUGUAAGCUGGACUAUCCGUGGGUACAGAGUCUCUGUCGCUAAGAAGGGGAGGACGAGAGGGGGGUGUAGGGAUUAUUAUUAUUAUUAUUAUUAUUUUUUGGAUCGGCUCCGAAGUAGGAAGCUUCUUGCGAUGCAUGUUCCUUGCGGUGGAAUGCGUUGACGAUGUUUCCAAUCUGCGGAAUGUGGUCCGAGAGACCUCGUGAUUGUACUGGUUAGAGCAGCUUGAUGAACUCUUUGCUUUCACCCACUCUCACACUAAUAUUUUGAGAGCGGCCAUUGAAAUCUGAGAGUAGUUCAUUAAAGGUAUAUACAUCCUUCGAAGCUGCACUGCUGGGUCCAGACUGGCACAAAGCAACCCAGGAUCAUUGUAAUUUACAACUGUGAAUUUAACCAUCAUGUUGCCACUUUCCUUUUCUGAACCCACAACACUA